AUGUCUUCUUUACUCAUGAAUCUUCGUCAAUUUUCUCGUUUACCAGUAUCAGUUCAUAUUUCACGUAUGAAUUCGACUUCAACAACAACAGCAGAUUCUUCGAAAAUAAAACUACCACGAGAUGUUGCAGAUCCUAAUAAAAAACAUUUCAGAAUUGGUUAUAUGCUUCUUGGUGUUAUUGGAUUACUCGCCUUAUUUCGAAUGUCAAGAAAAGAAGAACAACUUAUAGCACAUACUGCUGAUAAAAAUCCUCAUCCAAAAUCAGCAUCAACAAAAUGA